UGCCACGAGAGUGGUACAGUUUGGUCGCCAAAAUUUAGCAGACAACAACACGACCUACAAGUGAUCUCUGAAAAGUGGUACCUACUAAGCUCUCCAGCACAGGAUGGAGAUCGAUUUAAUGGUGCUGGUGCCGCUGGUAGCCAUCCUCGGCCUCGUCUACCACUACAUUACGAAGGGAAAUAAGUAUUUCCAUGAAAAACCGAUACCAUCCUUAGCUACCGAGCCACUGUUUGGCAGUACGCGUCGAUUACUGUUGAAGAAGACUUCUUUCACCGAUUUUGUUAUCAGCAUCUACAACAAGUACCCGCUGGUGAAAGUCUUCGGCAUGAUGGACACAAUGCUGCCGAUGUUUGUGGUGCGCGAUCCGGAGCUAAUCAAGCGAAUCACUGUGAAAGACUUUGACUACUUCAUGAACCAUCGGCCAGUGUUUGGCAAUAACGACAAUCCACACAGUACGGCACUGUUCGGCAAGACGCUGGUGUCGCUUAACGAUCAAAAGUGGCGCGAUAUGCGAGCGACGCUCAGUCCCGCCUUUACAGGAAGUAAGAUGCGUCAAAUGUUUGAGUUGAUCGUGGAGUGUAGCAGCAACAUGGCGCAGUAUUAUAAGGACCAGAUCCGCAGCAAUGGCGAUGGCUCGCGGGAGCACGAGAUGAAAGAUGUGUUUACGCGGUACGCCAACGACGUUAUAGCCACGUGCGCAUUCGGCAUCAAGGUUGAUUCGCUGAAGAACGCGGACAAUGAUUUCUAUGUUAACGGUACGAAGAUGAUGGCGUUCAAUCGACCGAUUGUGAUGUUCCGAAUGCUUGGCUUCCGAUUACUGCCCAAGCUGAUGAGCAGAUUCAGUCUGGAUUUGAUUUGUCUGGAUGCCAAUGGUAUUGUUCGACCCGAUAUGGUUCAUCUGCUGAUGCAGGCUCGCAAGGGUGCGCUCAAGCAUCAGCGUGAAACGGAGGAGCGUGAAGAGGUGAAGGGUUUCGCCACUGUCGAGGAGUCCGAGGUGGGCCAGACACAGGCAAGCAAGGGUAUGCAAAUGACCGAGCUGGAAAUGAUAGCACAGUGCUUGAUCUUCUUCCUGGCCGGGUUCGAUACUGUCUCCACGUGUCUUACGUUCCUCGCCUACGAGCUCACCGUCAACCGGGAUGUCCAGGACAAGCUAUACGAGGAGAUCCUUCAAACGAAUAAGGCACUCAGCGGUGGUCCAUUGACUUAUGACGCGAUACAAGGCAUGCAGUACAUGGACAUGGUCGUGUCGGAGGGACUGCGUAUGUGGGCUCCGGCUCCUGCCACCGAUCGGUUGUGUGUGCGAGACUACGUGGUAGAUGAUGGCGAUCGACUGAAGUUUACCAUCGACAAGGGUACGGUAGUGUUUAUCCCGAUCGCAGGCUUACACCACGAUCCACAGUACUAUCCGAACCCGAGCAAGUUCGAUCCGGAACGAUUCAGUGUGGAAAAUCGGGACAAGAUUAAUCCGAACACGUACCUGCCGUUUGGCAUUGGACCGCGCAACUGUAUCGGAUCUCGGUUCGCCCUGAUGGAGGUGAAGGCCAUCAUCUACUACAUGUUGCGCGAGUUUUCGUUCGAACGCACACCGAACACGCAAGUGCCGCUCCGGCUAGCAAAGGGAUUUGCUGGCAUGCGCAGCGAAAAGGGUGUGUUUGUCGAGUUCCGGCCACGCAAGCAAGCUGCUAACUGAUCCUACUACAUAAGAUCUGUUAGGAAGCAAGCCUAUUGUAGAUAUUAAUCAUUACUAAGAAAAAAAGAAGCAAUUAGGCAACUAACAAUGGGUGUUGCUCCUUUUUUAUUAUUUACAAUAAAGCAUUCUGAGUUCACUGGA